UGCUUUAACUAUCUCGUGAUUUGCCACCCGUCGACCUCCAUGGCUACACCGCCCAUGGGCUACACCGCCGCUCCCUAGCGAUGGGCAGGGCGCCCAGUGCUUCGGCACCGGGCGAGGCGCGCGAGGCGGGUGAUGCGCCGAGCGCUUUGCAGCUGCGGGCGGAAGCGGUGGCGCAGUGCUUGGAGCAGGGGAGCAUUUACGAGGGAGAACUUGGAUUCUCCGAGUGUUUGAAGCUCUUGGAGAAGCAGGGAGAGGAGUCAUUAGAAAUGCCUGAGCUUCUCUCCUUGAGCAGCGCGCUGACCAGUGCCUUCCACACGGCACCGGCGCUGGCCGUGCCGUCGCCCGGCGCGGCCGGUGCCACCCUGGGCUUCCGUGUGUCCGCACUGGUGGGAUGGCUCGCCAAGCACGCCCAGGAGCAGGAACUGCCGCGCGGCCUGGGUGGAGUACUAUAUAUGACUGCCAGGUGGAGCACACCUUUGUUGGACCAUUUGCAGCUCUAUGGCCGGCUCAUCUCCAGUGCGUGGACUGAGGGUGGGCCUUUGCUCAGCCAACCGUUGGACAACAACCGCUUUGUCGUGCUGCUAGCAGAGAUCAUGUGCCAAGUGGGUGAGCUUGAGCCUUUGCAACGGCAACACUGGACUGAGCUUGGUGCACGCUGCCUGGUCGCGGCCUCCGACUUUUGGCGAACACGCUACUUUGGGCUGCAUUUACGCGGCCUCCUCACCAUCAGCCGGCAUGCCGCCAAGUCCACUCACCAGCGCUUGGCUACAGCGCUGGUGAGCGCCUGCGCGGCGGAGAUGGAGCUGGAGGGUGGAGGUUUGCUGGAGCGAGUGUUGCAAUUUCAAAUGCUUUGGGCUCAAGAACCUCGCCAUGAGGAGAGAGAGCUUUGCUGGGCCACAGCGGCGUUGGGGUUGUUGCAGCAUGACGCUUUGGCUGCUUGUUCCUUGGUGGCGUUUUUCGCAGACCGUUUGGGAGAAGGGCACCGGUCUUUGCAGAAGCUCUUCAAGCCGGGCCUGUGGACUGCUUUGCAGAAUGCAGACGAGAGCUCGGGGAUUCUCAGGCCUUGCAUCUACAGCAGCUGCUUGGGUAUUUGUGGGCCGCAGUAUGAGAUUGCGCUGACGUUGGCUGAAACUUUGACAAGGGAACUUCUGCCAAGUGAGAUGUUGGACGAUGUGCAGGAGCUGGAGGCAGCCCGGCGGUCUCCGACGUGUCAGGUCUUGGUACAGCGGAUCUCCAGAGCUUUGGGGCGCUCGGCGGAGAUUCUGAGCCACGAGGAUCAGGUGGCUCACUUGGCCUUGCCCUUGGAGCAGUGGGCUCUUCACGUGGCGGAGCAUCCCUCGAUCCUGCACCCAGCAAGGCGUUGGUUUGGUUCUGCGGUCUUCUUCGCGGUGUCCACCGUGGGGCGAGAAGCCACGCUGCCCAGCCUGGCCUUACAGAGCCUGCUGAUCCUUUUGAAAGCCUUGACUUGUGUGGAUGUGUUCCGAGAGGACACCCCAGAAUUCCGCGCCCUAUGCCUGAGCCUGGUGCAGUGUGGGCGCGAUCAGUUUGGUCAAAGCUUCCAGGAAGCUUUGCUGGAGAGCUUCUGCGAGCUCGACAGCUUGACCUCCUCCAUUCAUGCGCAGCGGCUCUACUUCUGGAUGGGGCUCUUAUCCUUGGCUGAGGUUCAGGACUUGUGGGCCGCUUGGCCCUCGGUCCUCCAUUGCUUGCGCGCCGGCGGCGUGCUGACGGCGCGCGCGGUGGCGCUGGUGGCCGAAACGCUGGAGCGGCACGUGCCGCCACGGCGAGCGCUGAAGCAGAUGCAGGAGGUUUUGACGACCGCCCUGCCUGUGGCUGCCGAGGCGUCCUCGGGGACUGAGACGAUGGCGGCAUUGCACCGGAGCAUCGACAAGUUCAUGGAUGUGGCGAGAGACAGCAGUCCCGAGGAUGUCUCCUGGGUGCUCGGGGAGCUUGCUCAGCAGGCACUCGGACACCAGGAGGAGAAGAAGGCCAUGAUGUUUUUCCAGCUCCUUCUUUUGGCCAUCCGCCGCGAGCCCAUUGCAGUGGUGCAGGACUUUGUGGCGAAGCCUUUGGCGCUGCAUCCUCCCUUCCGAGAGCUCUUCGCCGGCCAUGUGUGCGCUACGUUUCCUGAGAAGACUCGACCUGCCGUGGCAGGCUGGCUGCUGCAGCAGUUCCCUGAUGCGGCCAAAGCCUUUACGGAGCAUGGUCCUGCCAUUGGCGAAGCCCAUCCAGUUCUACGCUCUGCGUUGUGAGAACAACCUCCGCCGUCGAUUUCGCGCGCGGCAGAA